AGCUUUUAGUUGUAGCAUUUUACGUUUAUGUUGAAAUGUAGCUUGCUACUCACAUUGGCAAUACUUCAGUGACGCAGUUAAACGCUUUUCUUUCUAAGAAAUGGAUUGGUGCAUAACCUAUGUCCUGUGGUAUGUUGUACCAUUUUAUUUGCUCGUUCACUUCGUGUGUUUCAUUUUUGUAGAUGCAGAUUUCACUCUGCUUCGGGCGAGUCUGAUUGGAAACAAACCAGAAACCAAGCUGAAAGGCCUGGUGGUGUGGGUCACUGGAGCCUCCAGUGGAAUUGGAGAAGAGCUUGCUUAUCAGCUGGCAAAGUGUGGCUCACGUCUCAUCCUGUCAGCUCGACGUGAGGAGGAACUAACAAGAGUGAAACGUCACUGUUUAGAGAAUUCUGACCUUAAGGGCGAGGAUAUUCUUGUUCUUCCGCUUGAUUUAUUGAAGAGGACGUCACACGAAGAAAAAACAAACACUGUGAUUCAGUACUUUGGGCAUAUUGAUGUCCUGAUUAAUAAUGGUGGCCGAAGUCAGCGCUCUCUGUGCUUAGAGACCAGUGUUGAAGUAUAUGAGGCACUGAUGGAGCUCAACUUCCUUGGUACAGUCUCUAUGACCAAACGGGUGCUGCCUCAUAUGAUACAGAGAGGCAGAGGGAGCAUUGUGACCGUCAGCAGUGUAGUUGGUCUCAUGGGGGCACCCCUGAUGACAGGGUACUCGGCAAGCAAGCAUGCUCUUCAGGGUUUCUUCAAUUCCCUUCGAACCGAGCUGACGGACUUUCCAGAAAUACUCAUAAGCACAGUGUGUCCAGGACCCGUUCAGUCCCAGAUUGUCAACAACGCCUUCACAGAAGUGCUGAACAAGCCCGUGGCCACAGUUGGCAGCCAGGAACACAAGAUGCCAACAAGUCGCUGUGUGCAUUUAAUGCUGGUGGGAAUUGCCAACGGUGUCAAGGAAAUGUGGAUUGCACAGCAGCCCUUCCUGUUGUUUUACUACGCCUGGCAGUAUAUGCCCACGUUUGCCUGGGUCCUCACAGACUUGAUCGGCAAGAAACGGGUGCAAAACUUUAAAUCUGGUGUGGAUGCAGACUCUGCAUACUUCACUAAACCAAAGACCUCCUGAAUGUCUCAUCUUCAAGAAAAAUCACUUGAUCGCAUUCCCAACUUUAAAUGUGUAUUACUUUCUAGACAGAAACAUUUAAGAAUGAGAACUUGUCUGUAAUCUUUGUGCUCUUUUCCAUCUCAAAUGUGAAUCAACUUUUUAAUUCAAAUUUUUUCACUUCUGACGCACAACUUCUAAAUGCAAGGUCUGCAGACUACUGUAUCUGUAAAAAAUCAUGCUUUUGAACUGAUCUUCUGCAUAAUAAAAUAUAGAAAAAAAUU